AUGAUUUAUACGAUAAUUAUAGAAACCGCCGUCGCCGCCCCGGCGGUGGUGUCGGCCUACUCGUCGCCGAUCAUCUCCAAGUCCAUCAUCAGCCCCUACGCAUCGCACGCCCACCUCGCCCACGCCGCCCCCAUCGUCUCGAGCUACUCAUCGUACCCUUACUCGUCCCACCCUUACUCGUCCUACCCUUACUCGUCCUACCCUUACUCGUCUCCGAUCGUGGCUAGGACCGUAGGGGCCCCGAUAGUUUCGGCGUACUCCUCUCCGGUGGUGUCCGCUUACUCCGCUCCGAUCAUAUCGAAAACCGUGGCGGCUCCCGUCGUGUCCGCCUACUCGGGACCGGUUCUGUCCGCUUUCUCGUCGCCCGUCGUCGCCAGAGUUUCGAACUACGCGGCGGCUUCGCCCUACUCCGUGGGCUGGUAG